AUGUGCAUUGCCAUAGUAUCGACAGCGCACCCCGCUUACCAACUCAUUAUAAUCGAUAACCGAGAUGAAUACCUCCACCGUCCCACAGCCCCGGCUGCAUGGUGGCAAGAGCCAAAUAGCCAGGUGCUUGGCUCGCGCGAUCUCGCUCGUCCCGAACAGGGAACAUGGAUGGGCGUGACGAGACAGGGGCGAGUCGCAGUGCUCACGAACUAUCGCGAACCCGCGCCAUUUAGCAGCGUUAGUCGCGGGGUAAUAGUCAAUGAAUUUCUGACUGAGGCGCCCUCUGCACGGCGUCAGUCAAACUCGUCGUCGUCAUCAUCAUCAAUAAAGCAAGAUACAGAAGAAGAACAACAGCGAACUACACGCCAGUUCGUCGCAGACAUGAUUGAAAGCCAAACAGCGAAAAAAGCCGGUGGCUUCAGUCUUGUCUGCGGCAAGAUCGGGGAGCCGUUGGCCAUCAUCUCCAAUCGGAUGCCCGAUGACAUUGACGCGGUUACGUGGAUUGCUGGGAAACGGGGUGAGACGGUGGGACUGAGUAACACCGUCUUGCACGAUAGGACGUGGCCCAAGAUUAUAAAUGGGGAGAUUUUAAUGAGGAGCGCUAUCGAGGCACACGUUGUGUCUACCGCCGGUGACGGAUACCAGAAAGACAUCAACGUCGACGACGAAGAAGAUUUGAUCUCAAGACUCUUCGACGUUCUCAACACCGACUCUCUACCGCGUCUGCAAGACCGCGAGCCUAUCAAGGAGCAAUAUAUGAGCCAGCUGAAAGAGUCGAUUUUCAUCCCUUUGCUUGGUGACCGUGCAAAAUUUGAGGCCGAGGUUGAGCAGUUGGCCAAACUGGGGUUGCAGGGUUAUAUGUCCGGGCUAUAUGGGACACAGAAGCAGACAGUUUUACUGGUUGAUUAUCGCGGGAGAGUGAGGGGAGGGGGAUAG